AUGGCAGAUUUCAGACCAGCGGAUUCUGAGGUCGUGCAAGAGCAGGGUUUGCCGGAGAGAUUUGUCGUGCAUGAAAUGAUUGUAGACAAACUUUUGAUUGAAGCCGACGAUGUUGCCAUUGAAAUCUAUCCUGAUCAACGGCUUUCGCGACGAGAACUUCUCUCUAGAGCGUCAAACUCUUGUCUCCAAUUGAAGUCCUUGGGCAUCGAACCGGGGGAGGUUAACUCUCAGAUGCCUGAAGAAGUCGAGCAUGUGCUAUACGAGAACUGCCAGGAGAGAGUUGUGGAACGAUUGAUUCAAAACUCGAACGAGCGGAGGAUGUUUGUCAAUGUUUGUAGAUUUCGUUAUGAAGAGUCAAACAGAGAUGCGUUGGACUGUAGAGCUGCCAUAGAAACCACAAUCACAGCAAGCCAUCUUUGCUGGUUUUUGAGACCCUUCUCUGUCGACACUACUUACAUCAAUUGCAGGGCAUAUCCAACUUCCGGAUCAACCAGCGGUACUUCUCGUUAUGUCCUCGCCGAGCAUCAAUCAGUAGCAAACUACAUCAUCAACCAUCCUGUUCUCGUAGAAGAGGCCAAGGGAGGCAGGCAGAAGAGGAUUCUGCUCUGGUCGCCUUUUGUCUUUGAUCCCUACGCUGGAGAUGUUCUAGCUGCCCUCUAUCAUGGUGCAGUCUUGUGCCUGUGGGACGGCAAGCAGGAAGAUCAUAGGAUUGAAGCCAACGAAUGGAGGAGCAACUUUCUGCUGGGUUGCGCUGGAGCGUUGCAGGCAACGCGGGCGACUCACCUGUGCACGACUCCUUCGAUCUUGAACUACAUCGCCUACGAGCUACAAGCAACUGAGCCGAGGGAGCUCGAGGCGAAACUCCCUGACCUGUCUGUGGUUGGGGUAGGAGGCGAGAUGACGAGUGGGAGCAUGGUCAACUUGUGGGCAAGCUCGUUCGUGCUAUUGAACCUGUAUGGCUGUACAGAGUGCUGUGUGUAUCAGAGCGCUCACAGGAUGCGAAGCAUUCACGAUCGAUGUAUCGUAGGUAAGUCGUUCAACUGCGGAAGCUCUGGAACUGACAGGAGGUGCCUUACUUUCUCUGUUCCAAUGGACCAGGUCGAUCGUUCAGGGCAGCCUUGUCCCGAUGGUGCAUUCGGCAGAAUCCGAAUCGCUGGGGUGCAGGUGGGCAGGGGAUACCUUAGCGGAAAACAGGACGAGUGGGCGGGAGGGGAGCUGCCUGAUCAUGCAGUGUUUGCGAUGACGCUCAGUGGGGAGAGAUGUUUCAUCACGAAUGAUCGAGGGGUUGUUGGUGAGGGAGGGAAAAUUCGAUUUGCUGGUCGAGAGGACGGCAACGUGAUGAAAUGCAUGGGUGUCGGAAUCGACGUCUCCCGGGUUGAGAGUGUCCUAUCAGCGUCGCGAUCUGUUUUGGCUGCUGCGGUCGGAGUGGAAGACCUUUCGCAGAAUGGCGAUCAGAUAGUCCAGAGGCUUUUUGCCUUGGUCAUCCCGCAAAGAGAUGUGGACGAGGAACAAGUGAGAGUUUCGCUGAUCGAAGAAUGUGUCGGUGAUUCGGACAAGAACAACACUAUUCCUCUAGACAAGGUCGAAGAUUGGAUUGUCCUGCAACAACCGCGAGCAGAACUCAUCAAGACUGUUCGGAUCAUGUUUGAUGAGCCAAUGCUUGCCAAGGUCCGUGAGGAAUCUCACAAGCGGAAAAGGGCUGAUGUGGAAGAAACGAGUGUUGAUGCCAGCCAUAGAGUCUUGCGAGUGAUCAAGGAAGGAUGUUUGGAGUGGUGGGCUGGAGGUUGCUCGGCACAUUCCAAGAUAGAGUUUUCUGAUUUCAGAACCAAGGCAUUCAGCAAAGAGGAUCAUUUAUACUGCAUGAAACAGUCCAAAAAGGCAAACCAGUUCCGAAUACGUGAGAGUCCAGAGUUGUCUCCUGAUAACGAUUUAAUCGUGAAGGAUACAGCAUACCUGUCAGACAUAACAAACAAGACGUACUUCAUGCAUGUGGUCUGGACCAACGACCUCGCCAAGUGUGUGGAUUGCGCUCCUCUACUCCUCUCUUACGUCACGGACGACACUAGCGUGCAGGUUGCGAUCGCGUCCUCCCAUGCUCACAUCGUCAAGUGCAUGUGUGUCCUCUCAGGGCAGACCCUCUGGUGUUCGAGAGUACGAGGAAGAGUAGAGGGACCAGCUUCAAUCAGCUCGGGAGGAAGGGUUGUUUUCGUGGGGACUUACGCUAACAGCGUCUUUGGCAUUGAUGCGGCUUGCGGCGACAUAUUGCAGGUGUUCUGCACGGGAGAUGCUGUCAAGGGAGGGGUGAGGGUCGACAGAGCGUCAGGAAUGUCUUUCUUCGGUUCACAUGAUGGGAAAAUCAGAAGCCUCUGUCGGGUCGAGGGAAGGGAGGGUGUUGAACUCAGAGAUGAAGUUAUUUGUGAGAUGGGAGAAGCUGUGUUCGGAGCUCCUGCUGUCUUGAUGGAGAAUAAUGAUAUGAAGCUUGUUGCAUGCUCCAUCAAGGGAACAGUCAAGUGUAUCUCUAACUCAUGUGGGACCGCCAUGACGGGAUGGAAGUCAGAGUGGGCAGAAAGCUGUGCAUCCCCGAUCUUCGCUUCUCCUUGCAUCGAUGUCGAGAGCUCCUCCAACAUCUACAUCGCGCAUGCUGAUGGAACUCUGAACAAGUUCAACAUCGAGGGUCACCUUGUGUUGGGAGGGUUUGUUUACUUCGGCUGUCAACUUGGUUUCAUCUACUCGGUCACGGGGGCUCCGUGCUUGCACCGAGGAAGCAGCGGGACCUUUGGUAUCUUCUGCAACAGUGACGGUCACGUUGUCAUGGUCAAGUUAGAGGACGGGCAGCUGCUGGGGAUGUUGAGACUGGGGGGAGAAACUUUCUCCUCCCCAGUGUUCAUCCCCUCGCUCCUUCUCCCGCACUCUGAAAGCGGCAGCGUCGGCAGAGUGUUUGUGGGAUGCAGAGACAACAACAUGUACUGCAUCUCGCUAGAGGGGCCUGUCGAGGGUGCGGCGCAAGACAGAGCAAGGACGGCAGUCGUGCCAUGA